CGAUGCCGCCGCUGGGUGCGCCCUUCUCCUGCUCUUCCUCCCGUUUAUGGCUUUACCCUUCACUCUGUGAAGUCCAAGAAGGAAGAGAGAGAGGGAGAGAGAGAGAAAGAGGGAGGGAGAGAUUCCUGCGUAAAUGGGAAUCCUGAAGACACUAACAAAGGGGGAGGCAGACCAGGAGAGAGAGAGAGAGAGAGAGAGAGAGGAGCACCGGGACAGAAGAAGACAGAGGAAAGAGAGACAUACAGGGGGAGUCAGUAAAGAGAGAGAGACAGAGGGGGAGUCAGAAAAGUGUUGCCAGGUUUAUUUCACGAACAGCGGAGUGAGGGAGAGAAAGAAAGAAGGAGAAAGUGAGGAGUGAGGAGGAGGAGACGCUUCGGUCUUUGUCUCCCCGUUUGUCUCCGUCCUCUCUCUCUCUCUCUCCCUCUCUUCCAUGACUCUCAGAGGAUUCCCGGAAAAUCCAGACGCUCCGGAGGAAUUGAUGGUGUCUCCUCAGGGGAGCGGAGCCGAGGGGAGGAAUCUGGAAGCGCUCGGCUGAACCAUGCCGCCUCUGUGGGUCCUAACUUUGGCCAUCACUCUGAACCAAGUGGGCUGCGUUCGAUUCUCCCAGGAGCCGUCAGAUCAGUCGGUGGUGCUGGGGGAGAAGGCGGUGCUGUCCUGCGUGGUCUUCAACUACACCGGCAUCGUCCAGUGGACCAAGGACGGCCUGGCCCUCGGCAUCAGUGAGGGACUGAGAGCCUGGCCCAGGUACCGGGUUCUCCGGGCUCUGGACAUUGGCCAGUACAACUUGGAGAUCUCCAACGCCGAGCUGUCUGAUGACUCUCUGUUUGAGUGUCAGGCCACGGAGGCCGCCCUGCGCUCCAGGAGGGCCAAACUCAACGUCCUCGUUCCCCCCGAGGACCCGGUGGUGGACGGCUCCCCGGAGCUCCUGCUGAUGGCCGGGACUCCGUACAACCUGACCUGUGUGACCCGCGGGGCCAAGCCGGCCGCUUACAUCCAGUGGACCAAGGACGGAGCUCCUGUGGACGGGGUGAGUGUAGCAGAAACACUGACUGGUCACAUCAACCGAACCUUUAACUCCACUCCAUAUUUAAUCUUUCUUUUCUUUUCUUUUCUUUUCUUUUCUCCUCAGGAGGUGCUGCCCGACAGGAAGAGGGUGACCACCAGGAGCUUCCUGCCCAUCGCCCCGGUGGACAAAGACAGUGGAAGCAACUUCACCUGCGUGGCCAGUAACCCAGCGGUGCCCAUGGGAAAACGCACCACGGUUCACCUUAACGUCCACCGUAGGUUUUCGUGUCUAACAAAUUAUCCAAAAAGCUUCAGGGCAAAAAAAAAAACAAAACCCAAAACCAAACAAACAGAUCCUGCUGCGUCAAGUCUUGAUUCGUCUCCGUUCUCCUCCAAAAAAACCUCAGACUUAACUUCAUUUAUUGUUGUUGUUGUUGUUGUUGUUGUUUUUCAGGUUCUCAGCAACAACAACCAGCUGUAUCUGAAGUCGGUCAGUCAGUCCGACGCAGGCCAGUACGUCUGUAAGGCCAUCGUACCACGGAUCGGAGUCGGAGAGACCGAGGUCACCCUCACGGUUAACGGCCCCCCCAUCAUCUCCAGUGAUUCGGUCCAGUACGCCGUCAGAGGGGAGAGAGGGGAGAUCAAGUGUUACAUCGCCAGCACGCCGCCGCCCGAUAAGAUCGUCUGGGCGUGGAAGGAGAAUGUGUGGGAGAAGGAGAAGGGAACGCUGAUGGAGAGGUACACCGUGGAGCAGAGCAAACCUCAAUCACACGGUGGCGCUGUCCUGUCAACGCUCACCAUCAACAACGUCAUGGAGUCGGACUUUCACUCCCCGUACAACUGCACGGCCUGGAACUCCUUUGGACCUGGAACCAUGAUCAUCACACUGGAGGAAAAAGAUACUGUUCCAGUGGGAAUUAUUGCCGGUGGAACCGUGGGCUCCUCCGUUCUGCUGCUCCUGUUUCUACUGGCACUCGCCUUCUUCCUGUACCGCCAACGCAAAGGCAGUCGUCGAGGGGUCACCCUGGGUAAACCAGACAUCAAGGUGGAGACGGUCAACAAGGAGGCCCACAGUCCAGAGGAGGAGGCGACCAACGCCUCCACCGCAACUCGUAUGGUCAAGGCCAUGUACUCGUUUCUGCCCUCUGUUUCCCUCUCUCCCUCCACUCAGCCGUUCAAAGACGACAUGGACCUGAAGCAGGAAGUCAGGAGUGAGAGCGACACCAGGGAGGAGUACGAGCUCAAGGAUCCAACCAACGGCUACUACAACGUCCGAGCCACCACCCACGAGGAGGCCCGCCCCCAGUCCCGCACCAUCCACUACCAAGGAGAGUUCCGUCCCCAGAACCCUAACAGCGGUCCAGCUGGUGCCACGCCCGGUGGCUCCACAGCCACCCCUGCUGGUGCAGUUCCCCCCAGCGUAGUUCCAGGGUCAAGGACAGGCUGCUAUGACCCCCGUCCACCUUCCAGGGUGUCCCACUCCACCUACGCUCAUUUCAACACCUACUCCCGAGCUGCACAGAGCCAGCAGGCCCCUCCCAACCCUGCUCUUCAGUCCCCUGGUGACUACCCCGGGGACUGCGGCCUGAUGGACAGCACCACGCAGCUGGCCUACGACAACUACGGAUACCCUUCCCAGUAUCCCAGCUACCGCAUAGGCUUCGCCCCGACCAUAGAGGAAGGACCGGCCUAUGAGAUGUAUCCCACAGGACAAGGGUCCGGACCAGGACCAGGACCGGGACCAGGACCAGGACCAGGACCAGGACCAGGACCAAGUCAACAAAGUCCAGAAGCUGGUCUGGGGAAGUACGGAAGCAACACUCGCUUCUCGUACUCGUCUCCACCUUCUGACUAUUCCCACAGACACACACAGAGGAUGCAGACUCACGUGUGAGAACAUUUACCUACACACACACACACACACACACACACAUACACACACCUUUCAUUAU